AUGAAAUCACUACCCUGGGAAGAAAGGGGCAUACGUGUUGAUGGAAGAUUUCUUUCGAACCUUCGUUUCGCGGACGACAUCGUUCUCUUUUCGACCAAUGAAGCAGAAACGAUGCUCAACGAAUGGAACGAAGCAGGGAAGAGAAUAGGACUACGAAUAAACAGAAAGAAGGCACAGUUCAUGAAGAACGCCUACUGCGAGGACGGAGAAGUACAACUUGAAGGCUCCCAAAUCGUGGAAACUUCGUCAUACGUAUACCUCGGACGUUCUAUAAACAUGGAAAACGACUUGAAGGAAGAACUGAAUAGAAGAAUGAGAGCAGCAUGCCCAUCUGUUCGACUUGACAGUCCUUCCAGCGCUCUGUUACGCAGCGGAGACUUGGACGGACACCGCGGCUACGUCUAG